ACCCCCGCAAUUCCGGCGGGAGAAUUGCGAUUUCCGAAUUAGAAAUUCAAAUCUGUGGCCAAGGAGCCGAGUGGAAGAAAUAGCAUAGUGAAUGCAAGAGCAUAACUAAUCAGUUCUCUUUGCCGAGUGACCAUAGGCCAAGUGAAGGCCCUGUUUUAGGGGCAGACAAUUUUUUCCAUUUCUAAUACAUCGUUGCAAGUGCAUGCGUAUAUAAGGAGGUGCAAAGCAUACGAGUGCCUCAGUUGAAAUUGAGGCAGACACGGAUUCACCAUGAACUUAACACUAUUGGAUUACUUCCGAGGACUUCCAGCUGAUCCCGUUCGUCUGCCUCUGUUUAGCUCUCCUUUGCCAGCGAUUGUGAUUACUUUCGGUUACCUAUUGCUGAUUUUUAAAGUGGGGCCUGAUUUUAUGAAGUCCCGUAAACCCUACAAUGUGCGGAAUGCCAUGCUGAUCUACAAUUUCUGCCAGGUUAUAAUGAACGCCGUCCUUUUCGUAAUGGGCACUGAAUACCUUUUUGUGCAAAAGCCUUAUGACUUUCGGUGCAUGAAAACGCUGCCUUUGGAUCAUCCGUGUAAAACUGCCGAUCGUUGGUUUACCUACUUCUAUUUUCUCAACAAAGUGUUUGACCUGAUGGACACCGUAUUUUUUGUGCUGCGGAGGAGCACCAAACAGAUCACCGUACUCCAUGUCUACCAUCAUGCACUGAUGGUUUUGGGGGUGCCUAUGGUCAACUAUUUCUAUGGACCCGGAGGACAGUACAACACGAUGGGUUACCUGAACACAUUCGUGCACGUGGUCAUGUAUGCCUACUACUUCGUAUCGGCUUGGUAUCCACAAAUGAAGGACAAAAUGUGGUGGAAACAGUACAUCACCAAGUUGCAGGUCCUUCAAUUUAUGAUCCUCUUCGCCCAGGCUAUCCUGACCAUGUGGCUGAAUCCUGGCUGCUCCUUUCCCAGGACCCUCCAGUACCUGCAGAUUGCCGUUUCUACCUCUAUGAUGGUCAUGUUCGGCAACUUCUACUAUCAAACAUAUGUCAGAGCCAAGAGCAAAAAGCAAUGAGUUAAAAAUAUAUUUUAGUUCUCUCUCCUAAAUUUAGUCGUUCUCAGUUGAGUGAAA